GGCCCGGGCAUUUUAACCCAUUCUUUUAGAGGGAGGAAUCACAUUUCAUUUCCAGGUGAAAGUAUUAGCAGCUGAGUUCCGUCGUCUAAAUUUUGAAACCCUAGAAAAUACAAAAGAAUUAUGACAUAGGUGGUGAUUAGUGAUCAUAUCAAGUAUUCUGAAGAUGGUGAAGCUCACAAUGAUAGCCCGUGUUACUGAUGGUCUUCUAUUAGUAGAAGGAUUGGAUGAUGUACGUAAUCUACAAGAUGCUGAUGUUUACAAGCACCAGGCUAAGGCGUUGUUUAAGAACCUGUCAAGUGGUCAGAAUGAUGCGUCAAGAAUGUCAAUUGAGACUGGUCCUUUUGUUUUCCACUAUAUUAUUGAAGGCCAUGUUUGUUACUUGACAAUGUGUGAUCGUUCUUAUCCUAAGAAGCUUGCUUUCCAAUACCUGGAGGACUUGAGAAAUGAAUUUGAACGUGUUAAUGGAAAUCAAAUAGAAACAGCUGCCAGACCCUAUGCGUUUAUCAAAUUUGAUACUUUUAUACAGAAGACCAAGAAACUGUACUUGGAUACUAGUACUCAACGGAACCUUGCCAAGUUGAAUGAUGAACUUUUUGAGGUGCACCAAAUAAUGACUCGGAACGUUCAAGAAGUUCUUGGUGUCGGUGAAAAAUUGGAUCAGAUCAGUCAAAUGUCGAGUCACUUAACCUCUGAAUCUAGCAUAUAUGCGGAUAAGGCAAGAGAUCUAAAUCGACAGGCGUUGAUUCGUAAAUGGGCGCCAGUUGCCAUAGUGUUUGGUAUUGUCAUCCUCCUCUUUUGGGUCAAAACAAAGAUAUGGUGAUUCUACCAUCACUAGUGGUGCACUGCCAGUUCUAGCUGAGUUUGUAGUUUUUGAUAAUUGUAAAAUGCCAAUGUAGAUUUCUCACCCGCAAUUUAGACUGGUCCAGUUCUCUCCGUAAUAAGUAAUGACUAUGUUCUAGUUUUUUUUGUUUGCACAUCUACAAUGUAUCAACUAAGUCCAUCAUAUUACACCUCAAUGCAUAUAUUACAGAUCUGGGG